AUGACAAUUUGGCAGCAGAAUGAUAUUAAGGACCGUCCUGCUGUAAUUGGACCGUUUGAUAACAGUGAACUAGUUUGUCUAGAGUGCUACAAACCUAUGGAGGAAUUAUAUCCUUGCUCAAUCUGUUCUCUUCCCCUUUGCAGCAAAGAUUGUGAAAACAAGCCUCGGCAUUCAAUAGAGUGCAAAUACUUUAAGAAUACCAAACCAAACUUUACAGAAUGUGAGAGAAGUACUAUUUACUCAUCUAUAGCACCAAUUAGGAUGUUAGAGAUACAGAAGGAGAAUGGUUACAUCUGGAGUUUAGUAAACCGUCUUGAAGAUCAUCUUCAAGAGAGAAGAAGAGGUGAACCUUGGACAUUCCUUCAAGAGACUGUGUUCCCUUUUAUGGAAAAGUAUUGUGAGCAAGAUUAUUCCCUGAACGAUUUAGAGAGAAUAAUUGGUAUAUUCAGAACCAACUCUGUAAAAUGGGAGGAUAAGGUUGGACUUGAAACCCGUCCAGUGGGGCAUGCUCUCUGUCCAGUAUUCUCUGUUCUUUGCCAUUCCUGUGUAAAUAACACCAGGUACACCAUAGAGGAUGGUUUAAUAACUGUUAGAGCCUGUAUACCUAUACAAGCUGGAGACGAAAUAACAACUCAAUACAGAGGUCCUAAUGACGGAAAUAUUUUGCGGAGACCGGAUUUUAAGAAAAAUUGGCUGUUUGACUGUUCUUGUGUUAGAUGUCAGGAUCCUACUGAACUUGGAACCCACUCUAGCACCCUCAAAUGUUUCAAGUGUAGAGAACCGACACUUUAUCCAAGAACAAGUGACCUUGAGAGUGAAUGGGAGUGCAGAAGUUGUGGAGAUAUUGUCACACAUUCUCAAGCAUUGGAAAUAACACUGAGGUUUGAGUCUCUGUUGUAUGGAAAACUGUAUUCGGAUCCACCACCAUCUUGGGAAAUAUUCAUCGAUGACCUGGAGAAGUAUUUACAUCCGACGCACUUUAUCUGUAUGAAGGCAAAAAGAUUGCUCCUUCAAAUUUAUGGGUCAAGGGAUGGAUAUACUCUGGAUAAAAUGAGCAAGGAACAGUUGGAGAGGAAGAUUCAACUCUGUAAUAAUUAUAUAGGUAAACAAGCAAACAUUUAUAAAUAA